AUGUUCUCGUCGUCUCAACGCUCAACCAACUCCGCGCUCCAACAGUCUACCUGGAACGGGAACGACAGCAUGGUGACCUCAGUGCCUGUUGAUUCUUCAGUUUCGCAAAUAUUAGAUUCACCCGCAGCUUUUCUCUACACAAAUACGGAUUCCUCAAGCGAGCCUACGCAAACUUUGAAUACGACUGUACGGUCACCGCUCGUUCCAAUAAAGCCUCUCAUAUCUCCACAAAAGGCUACUACAGAACUUAGAAUUCGACCUCAGACUACCGGUGAACGAUCUAAUGCAUCACAAGACAAAGUUUUAACAAUAGAAGAGCUUCGCAGCAUUGAAAACCUCCAUUCCGUAAACGCAACAGUUGAUGCGCCGUUAGAUGCCUCGAACGAUUCGAUACGUCCUUCCUUGAACACGGCUUUACCCUCACCAGCUGCUCCGGUACAAGCCGUGACGCCUCCACCCUCCAGGCCAAGGAGUGGUCGUAAACGGAAAGCCGAAAGUCCCGAAGAGAAAGAGGCCCGUGUCAAAGACAGGGUUCUUAGGAAUCGGGCCGCAGCACAGUUGUCUCGUAACAAGAAGCGACAGCAGUUGGUUGAUCUUGAAGAACAGAAUACGAUUCUGAGAAAAGAGCUUGCUGCUCAACGAGAAGAGAACGCUGCUUGUCGAGAGGAAAACGAGCGCAUGUCAAAACGCAUGCGAAUGCUUGAAGCGAAACUCGAAGACAUAGAGACAGAAUUUGAAAAAUUUCGGUCACAACAAUUACAGUCGCGACAAAACGUACUCCCAUCGCCCGAGAUAAUGGUAUCACACCCGCCGCUUGACGAUGUUCGCGGAUCAGCAGUAUCCGUCGUAACCUUGGAAAACAGUUCUCUUGUAUCUGGUAAUGGUAAGAAGGCUAUAGUCAAUGUCCGUACCCACUCUAACAAGUCAUUACCCGGCCGUUCCUAUAGAUUCGAACCAUCCAUGCAUGAGUGCUCCAAGUCCCUGCAGCGGAUCGUCAAGCUGAGGAGUCUUUAUCAGACGUUCUCUCAGCAGAUUUCUUACAGACAGAUGUUGAAGCCAAUUUUGAUGAUUUUGUUAGUUUUCCUGACAACGCUGAACGUUGGACAGAAGAACUAUUAUUAUCAAUGCUUGGACAAGAUUAAAAGGAUGGAAUUUGCUGACAACGUCGUUAUCUCGGAACUCAUGCGCCGCUUGCAAAAGCGUCGAUUGAGAUCGGUAAGGGGUAAACUCAGUCGCGGGGCCAAAUCCGGUGAAUACGAAUGGAGUAAAUACCCUCCCUAA